CUCUCCCUGGGAGCUGCUGGUGUGGAGGGGGACGGACGAAGCACCUAUGACUCCAUCUCUCUGAGCGUGUGCACGAGAGGCUCUCUUUGUGCUUGUGUGUGCGCACCUUUCUAAUCUGACACAUAUCAGUGUAUUUGGCUGGAUGACAUGAACUGCUGCUAAAACAGAGGAUGAUAAUUUUGAGGAAAGAGGAAAGAGUGAGUCCGAACAAAUAAAGGUCCCUGGAGCGUGGGUGCGCGCACUCCAGCCGGGGUUUCUGCCUCUGCAAAGUGCAGUUUCACCCUCCGUUCACCGUCUCUGCACCCUCCGGGAGCUCACCACCUGCACCGACGCGCAAAUCCUUCUCUGACAUUCCUGAGGAUUGCAUUAACGUUUAGUCUCUGAUACGCAGGAAGAGGAUGGAGCUGACUCGAUGUGCAGCUGAGCGCCAGAUCCUCUUUGCUCUCACGCUUCUCCUGUUGCUCGCUUCAGGUUUAGCCUCCUCCAUAGUGAACAUGCGUAGGAUCACUCUUCCUACGGUCCAACAGAUGCUUGCAGGCGAAGCCGUCCUCCCUUGUGUCUUCACCCUCCAGACCAGCUCCUCCGUCCAGCCUCCACACAUCCUGUGGACUCACAGCAGACCACCAGCAGGAGGGCAAGGAGCUCCCCUGGAGGAGACCGUACUUUCUGCUAAAGGUGAUGUAAUCAAGGUGAAUAAGGCUUUCAGCGGCCGCAUCGUGCUGCCAGGAUACGCUGCCAAUCCUCUGAAUGCUACCAUGGAGAUCUUCAGUCUCCGGACCGACGACUCAGGCACUUACCACUGUCAGGUCGCCAUGGGCAACCACUAUGAAGUAGACACUGUGCCCUUGGUGGUGUCUGGGGUGGUGUUUCACUACCAGGCACCCGACACCCGCUACGCCUUCUCAUUCAGCGACGCCCAGCGAGCCUGUGAGGAAAACUCAGCUCAGAUUGCAUCUCCGGCCCAGCUGUGGGCAGCAUACCAUGAUGGGUUGGCCAGCUGCUCAGCCGGAUGGUUGGGCGAUCAGACUGUUCGUUAUUCCAUCCAGUCGCCAGAGCUUGGUUGCUAUGGACACAAGGAGUUCUCUGCAGGAGUGAGGAAUUAUGGGAAAAGAGACCCAAAAGAGAUGUUUGAUGUAUACUGUUUUGCUAAAGAAUUGGACGGCGAGGUGUUUCACUCCUCUGUCCCAGGCAGACUGUCGCUGUCCUCAGCCUCAGACCGCUGUGUGUCCCUCGGGGGCCAACUGGCCACCCCGGGCCAGCUCUACCUGGCGUGGAGGGCCGGUCUGGACAGCUGUGCCCCAGGAUGGCUGUCUGAUGGCAGCGUUCGCUACCCAGUGUCCUGGCCUCGUCCGGAGUGUGGAGGCAGCCAGCUGGGAGUCCACACCGUCACACCCAACUCCACGGCUGACAACACCUCAUUGUUAUAUGAUGCCUACUGCUACCGAGGGAAAGUGAAGGAGACGGGCUCUGACUCUGAGAUCUACACCUCCCCGUGGAAGCCCUGGAGCUAUCUCACAGGCUCAAGUGAUGCUGAGUCUGCAGCAACAGACAGCUCCAAUCUGACGGCACAGCAAACCACCACGCUCGCAGGUUCCUCAAAGGACAGCGAGGUCUCACCUUCUAACUGGACAGGACUGGUUGACCUGGAGGAAGAGGAGACCCCUCACAGGAACUCCACAGAUCCCUGGACCUCAGAGUCCUCAGUGUCAUUUGUGACCCUUCAGCUGAUCCCAGGACAGAGCUCCUUCGACUGGGGAGAGCUGAUGGAGCCCGGGCCCAACUCGGAGGAGUUCAUUCGACCUCCAGUUCGGCCGACUCCUGCUGAGAAAGAGGUAAUCUCAAAGAUUGUCAAGUCCAUUUGGAAACCUUGGAACUACCUGGUGGGGACCGGAGAUGAGGAGGGAACUCGGAGACCAAGUGGGCACAUCGAGGAAGAGGAGAUUGCAACUAAAGCAACUGAUGUGGGGUCAAAUCCUUCAAGUCCUGCUUCGCCUGGUUUGUUUUCCUGGGGAACAUCAUGGUUCAGCAGUCCAUCUGUGGAAAAAACCACCUCACCUGAAGAGGACCAUACCACUCACCUGACAUCUUCUUUAACUUCCUUCAGCAACUCUCCGACCGCAGAGAGCGUCAGGAUCCUGGAAACCUCAGAGACUCGCACAUUUGCUCCCUCCAGUCUGUCCCCUGAAAUCACCUCCACUAAAGAACCCUGGAUCACUGUUGAUGCGGAGACGACAACCCAGCAGGUGGACAAGAGAGAAGAGACGGUGACAUCCAGAGCUAGUGGAAGAGGAGGGAGAGGAAGGGGGAAGAAGAACAGAGGGGAGGACAAGAACAGGGGAGAAGAAAAGGUGAAAGGAGAGGAGGAAGGGAGUGGAGAAAUUACUGGUGCAGAAGCAAAAGGAGAGAUUCAAGUCUCACGUCGUCCAGUUGGAACAAGUAAACCAAGAGAAAGGCCUAGAGAAAGAUCAAGAGAGAGGGGUCACAGGAAGGGACAGUCCAGGACCACCACCACCACCAUCACUAUGACCACCGUUAGUCCUCUGGAGACCACUGCAGUGACCACAGCCGGGACAGAGAGUAAUGUUUCCACUUCAUCAGCAGCAGAAAACCCAUCUCUGUCCACCUCACAGGAAUCGUCUCAGACUCUGUCCAUCUCUCCAUCCCCAUCUCCUACAACCGCUACAUCUUCUUCUUACGCAUCACAGUCAGACUCCCUUUUAGAAAUCCUUUCUCUGCCUCCAUCCCCCUCCCUUCCAUCUUCCUCACCUCCAAUCAUUACCUCACCCACGUCCUAUACCCAGACCUCCUCCUACUCCCCCUCUCUGUCUCCUUCCAGCCUCACAUCACAGCCUCACAUCAGCCUCACAUCACAACCUCACAUCAGCCUCACAUCACAACCUUACAUCAGCCUCACAUCACAGCCUCACAUCAGCCUCACAUCACAACCUCACAUCAGCCUCACAUCACAACCUCACAUCAGCCUCACAUCACAGCCUCACAUCAGCCUCACAUCACAGCCUCACAUCAGCCUCACAUCACAGUCUCACAUCAGCCUCACAUCACAGCCUCACAUCAGCCUCACAUCACAGACCCAGACGGUUGGAUCGGUUGGAUCGGUUGCAUCUCCUCAAACAGAGGUCAGUGACAGCACCACCGACUCCCUGACUACACCGACUAGGGUCACAGAAGACGGUGUGGCUGUGAACACCUCUGUAGGUGAUCCUUUGACUCUACCUGGACCUCAAGACGACGAGGAGUCCACCUGGUCUCAUUCGGUGGGUUCAGGGGCUCUCUUACCAGGAAGCAUGGAGGAGGAGAAUCACAAAGGAGGAGCCAACAUCAGCACCACAACUCUCAGCCCAACUGUUGAGGUGGAGCCCUGCGUGGCAAACCCAUGUCUGCACGGUGGAAAGUGCCUUCCUCAGGGAACUGGCUACAGCUGCUACUGCCCACAAGGAUAUGCUGGAGAGAACUGCGAGAUCGACAUUGACGACUGCCAGUCCGAGCCAUGUGAAAAUGGAGGAACUUGCAUUGACAAGAUUGAUUCCUUCCUCUGCCUUUGCCUGCCGAGCUACGGGGGAGAUACGUGUGAGAAAGACAUAGAAGGAUGUGAGCACGGCUGGAGGAAGUUUCACGGCCACUGCUACAGGUACUUCAGCCACCGACACACCUGGGAGGAUGCAGAGAAAGACUGCCGAGAGCACAGUGCACAUCUCAGCAGUGUGCUGUCCAAAGCUGAGCAGGAGUUUAUUAAUGGUCUUGGACAUGACAACGCCUGGGUUGGUCUGAAUGAUCGGACUGUGGAGGAGGACUUUCAGUGGACCGAUGGAAACGAACUGGUUUACGAGAACUGGAGGGAGAGCCAGCCUGAUAACUUCUUUGCGGGCGGAGAGGAUUGCGUGGUGACCAUCGCUCAUGAGGACGGCAAAUGGAAUGACGUGCCCUGCAACUACAACCUGCCUUACAUCUGCAGGAAAGGGACAGUGUUAUGUGGGACCCCGCCAGCAGUGGAGAAUGCCCAUCUGAUAGGCCGGAGGAGAUCGCAUUAUGACAUCCAUGCAGUGGUGCGUUACCAAUGUUCUGAAGGGUUCUACCAGCGCCACAUUCCCACUUCACGCUGCCGGGCCGACGGGAGCUGGGAGCGUCCCAGGAUCGUGUGCACAAAAUCUCGGCGCUCUCACCAGUACAGGCGCCAUCACCACAAUCAGCACCACGACCGUCGCCGGAACAGGAGACACGGAGGAGAGGGCCGCAGGGUCAGAGAGGAUGUGCACAGCGACUACUGAGCCAAAUAACACUAUACCUGCUAUGCCAAGGUGCUAACCAUGGCCCGUAAAGACAGACAGUAGUUUGAUCUUUUGUCUUGCUUUUCCUCAUGCUUCGUUUAUUUUUUAUUACUUUUAACAAAUAAACUUUUCUUCUUACAUCCUGCUAAUAUCCACUCUGCCCUCCAGAAGUUUCACUGUUCUGAUGCUUCCUUCAGCUGAGGUCCCUGUGAACACCCACCAGACAGCUUAACUCACGUCCUUCCUAAUGUUUCAGUAGAGUAUUACCUGUGUGAGUGUGUGUGUGAGUGUGUGCAUGUCAGAUGGAAACUUUUGGGGUUCUUUUGUUUGGUAAAAUGUUGCUUGUCUCACAGAUAAAUAACUCAUCCAGACAGCGGUGUUUAGUCGCUGGUAACCCUGAUCUGUUUGUCUGUAUCUUUAGCUGUCACUGCUUUCCUCCGUCAAGCUCUUGAGUAGCAGGGUUGUUUUACUAACAUGCUUUUUCUAAUAUUUACUGUUUCUGUAAUGUUACUAUUUAUUAUGGAUAAUUUACUAGUGAAUAUGCUUUCUUUUCUACUUAUACCCAAGAGAAACAGUGUAACUUCAGUUUUCUACCUGUAUGUGAGUCCAAUCAGUGAAAAAAUAUAAUUUUAUUGCCUCUAAUCUCAGUUUUGUAAAUAUUUUUUGUUGCGUGUGAUUGGCUGAUCAAUAGCUGGACUCUGUUCUAUCUAAUAGACUUCUGUCACGGAUAAAUCCCGUUGACAUACUGUAGAUUAUAUAGGUGGGAAUGUAAAAUAUUCCCUUGGAAACAAAAGCUUGAUUGUAUCUGAUUUGCUAAAGCUCAUGAAACUUUGCACGUAUUUACAUGAUUGGUAGAAUGCCACCGAUUUUUGUCUCUGGUCCCUUUGAUAUUUUGGUCAUCCACUUUUGUUUUGGUGUUCUUAUGACUUUUUGUCCAGCUGUUGUAUUUCAUUCUUAAUAAAGUGAAUAAAAUGAA